AUGAACCCCAUAACCUGGCUCCUCGCCCUCCUCCAACGCCUCUGGCGCUUCCUCUUCGCAUCCAAACGCGAUGAGAACCUCUAUAGUCUAGACCAUGCCAUCCUCCACAUCCAAGUGCCCCCUCCAAGCCUAUGGAUGAACAUGGGUUACUGGAAGACCGAAACCACCCUCUCCGGCGCCAGCCAAGCCCUAUUAACCCAGGUCCUCAUCGCCGCGCGCCUCCUCAGCCCAGACGGCCACCCGGUCGCCCACCCACCCCGCCGCCGGCUACACCUGCUCGACGUCGGCAUCGGCUGCGGCGACCAAACCCUAUCCCUGAUCCAGAGCCAGCGACUCGUCGACGUCGACGUCGAAGACGCUGCCGGCACGGUCGCGGCGGCCCCGCAGCACCAGCACCAACACCAGCACCAGCCGCUCUUCGACUCGUACACGGGGCUCACGAUCGCGCCGACGCAAGCCGCCACGGCGCGCGCCCGCGUCGCCGCGCUCCCAAGCAGAAGCAGCCACAGCCACAGCCACAGCCACAGUCGUACCCCGGCGUGUAAAACGCAGAUCUUCUGCGCCGACGCGGCGGAUCCAAGCUCGUGGCCGGUGGAAAUCCACGCGUCCCUCCGGUCGCGCACCAAGGGUCAAGACGAAAACGAAAACGAAACCGAAAACGAAGACGAAGACGAAGAAAACGAAAACGAAAACGAAACCUGGCUCCUCGCCCUCGACACGCUGUACCAUUUCCGGCCAUCGCGACGUGCCCUGCUGCAGCACGCGGCGCGCGAGCUGCGCGCCUCGCUGAUGGCGUUUGACCUGCUGCUCUCGGAGACGGCGUCGUGGUGGCAGCGCCUGGUGCUGCGGGCCAUCUGCUGGGUGACGGGGACGCCGUAUGCGAAUUUCGUGACGCGGGCCGAGUACGAGGCGCUGCUGGUUGGGGGUGGCGGGUAUGCGCUGGCGGACGUCGAGGUGCGCGAUGUCUCCGGGGAGGUGUUUGCGGGGUUGGCGGGGUUUCUUGCGCGGCGGGAGAGGGAGUUGAGGCCGUUUGGGAUUGGGGUGGGCAAGUUUCGGGGGGCACGGGUGGUGUUUGACUGGUGGGCGAGGAGUGGUGUUGUCCGGGGGGUGGUGGUGGUAGCUAGACGAUAG